ACACACACACACACACAGAGGCCCCUGAUGACACGUGAACACACACUCGGCGCUCAGAAUGACACAGCUCUGAUCGGAGGGAGGUGAUCUCUGAAAUUGCUCAGUGAGCACCGCUAAUUUCCCUGAUUUACAUAUCGCUGUCAAUCACACCCAAUGGAUUCCAAUCAGAAAGCAAGCGGGGACGGACUGGCGGGGACGCAGAAGGAGGCGGCGCUUCGUUCACUCAUGCAGCGAACCGGAUACCAGCUGCGCCAGGAGAACGGUCAGCGGCGGUACGGCGGCCCGCCUCCAGGCUGGGACGGCCCCCCACCGGAGAGGGGCAGCGAGAUCUUUGUGGGGAAAUUGCCGAGAGAUCUGUUUGAAGAUGAGCUGGUUCCGCUGUGUGAGAAGUUUGGAAAGAUCUACGAGGUGAGGAUGAUGAUGGACUUCAACGGGAACAACAGAGGAUACGCCUUUGUCACCUUCAGCAACAAACAGGAGGCCAGGGCUGCCAUGAAGCAGCUCAACAACUAUGAGAUUAGGAACGGACGCCUCCUCGGCGUUUGUGCCAGCGUCGAUAACUGCCGCCUCUUUGUUGGCGGGAUUCCCAAAACCAAGAAGCGAGAGGAGAUCCUGUCAGAGAUGAAGAAGGUCACCGACGGCGUCGUCGAUGUCAUCGUGUACCCCAGCGCCGCCGACAAAUCCAAGAACAGAGGCUUUGCUUUUGUCGAGUAUGAGAGCCACCGAGCAGCUGCCAUGGCCCGUCGCAAACUGCUGCCAGGUCGUAUCCAGCUGUGGGGUCACGCCAUCGCUGUGGACUGGGCGGAGCCUGAGGUGGAGGUUGACGAGGAUACCAUGGCAACAGUGAAGAUUCUGUAUGUGAGGAACCUGAUGCUGCAGACGACAGAGGAGACCAUCGAGAAGGAGUUCAACAGCCUGAAGCCAGGCGCAGUGGAGCGAGUGAAGAAGAUCAGAGACUACGCCUUCGUCCAUUUCACUCAGAGAGAGGACGCCAUCAACGCCAUGAAAGCGCUCGACGGAAAGAUGGUGGACGGCUCUCCCAUCGAGGUGACGCUGGCCAAGCCGGUGGACAAAGACAGCUACGUUCGCUACACCAGAGGGACGGGAGGCCGAGGAGGCUCUCUGCUACAGACCGACUACACCUCCUACACGCUGGGACAGAUGUACGACCCUUCGGCGGCGUACCUCGGUGCGCCGGUGUUUUACGCCCCCCAGGCCUACACAGCCAUACCAGCUCAGUUCCGCUUCCCAGCGGCCAAAGCUAACGUUGGAGGUCGAGGGCUGAUCCGGACGCCGUCGGUCCGAGAAAUUUACAUGACUGUACCUGUAGGGGCUGCGGGGGUGCGGGGACUGGGUGGGCGGGGCUACCUGGCCUACGCUGCUGGGGGUGGAGCCAUGGGGAGAGGGGUGGCGGUGGUGCCUUACGGGCUGAAGGCAGACAAGCAGCAAGAGGAGAAGUUGUAUGAUCUUCUGCCGGGAAUGGAGCUGACCCCAAUGACCCCGAACCUGAAGGCCACCGCUGUCAAGCCUGCACCACAGGUCCUGGAGGAGCUCUGUCAGAAGAAUAACUGGGGUCAGCCGGUCUAUCAGCUGCACUCUGCCAUCGGUCCAGACCAGAGACAGCUCUUCCUCUACAAGAUCACCAUCCCAGCGCUGGCUACUCAGUACCCCAACGUCCAUCCCUUCACCCCUGCUAAGCUGUGCGCGGGCGUAGAAGAGGCUAAAAUUCACGCGGCCGAACACACCCUGCAGACGCUCGGCGUGCAGACGGAGGGCGCCACCGAUGCCAGCUGUGCGACUGCUGCCGUGGCAGCAGUAGCCUUCCCAGGAUACACGCUGGCGGGCCCGGCGUCGACGGCGGUCGCCUCCCAGCUGAAGCAGGCCGUGUCUCUGGGUCAGGACCUGACUGCCUACACCACCUACGAUGGCUACCCCGCCUUCGCUGUGGCGGCUCGCCACACUGACGGAUACGGUGUUUUCUAGAGCAGCGGUUUCAGAAGAAGAACGCCCACAGGAUGCUUUGAUGCUCUUUUCAAACUUCCUGAAAGUACAACAUGAAAUCUGAUUGGCUCGUUAUAGAUACCAACGCUCAGUCAAACCCAAACAAAAGGAAUCGAAUGCGCCUUCACGCUGAGGUCCAAACUCUCCAGAACUCGGCGGUUUGAGUCUCGCAGGAAGCCGCGGCCAGAAAACGUCUCAGACUCGUCAGCAUCUUCUUCUUUCUCCACGCGUCGCUCUCUGCUCUCCAGCUUCCUGAAAUCCGAAUCAUGGCCGUGGUUUCCACGGUUUCGUCAUUGAUUAGGCAGCCCGUGAUUGGCUGUGAUUGGUCGGUUUGAAUUCACGUUUGGAUCGGUUUUUUUCCUCGUAGCGUGUUUACAGCAUUGAAGUGUAGCUCAGUCAUUUUAUCGCCAUCGCCUUCGUGUCGCUCGGUUUUUUACUGAAAACUUUUGUUUUAAAAAUCUGAGACCAGUAUUUAAGUUCCUGUUUCAGUUAGGUUCAGCCGACAUUUUUAAAAAGCUGUGAUAUGAUGCACUUACAAUACUGCUGUACUGCUGAAACGUGCUCUCAGUUCAUAAUCCUCAUGAUCUCCAGCUAACAGAAGCUGGAUCAGAAACGUUGUCCCUGCUGUUGGAGUGAAUCCGUGGGUUCCUCUUACUUUGUGGAUGUGGAGCUGCUGACUUCGUUCUGGUGUCUCUGAGGCGUUACUCCAUAAACACCAGCUGAUGCCGUGAUGCUCGUCUCGUCGCUCUUUCAUUGUUUUUCAUCUGUUUUAACCUUUCCUUCAUUCCACUGCCACUAACUAAACCAGGGUUUAUUAUCUCUGGUUUAGUUAAACACUUGGUUAACUAAAGUUACUAAAGCUGGUUCAUGCCUCUAAUAAAAGUUUAAUGAGUUUCCAUGCUUGCUUUGAGGGAGGCGAUUGACCUUUGACCUGUCAGGACACGGCGAUGUCGUUGAUUCGUGUUGACUUUUAUUCUUAAAUGUUUCUGGAGAGUUUUAAUCGACGACACUGAGCUGUGAACACGCUGAAGCAGAGACAGUAUUAAAGUGUGUGAAGCACUUAGAGCUUAUUUUUAUACCGGGAGAAAGAAUGAACAUCCUCGCUGUGUUUGUACAAACGGAUUUUAGUCCUUUUUCUGUAAUAAUUGACUCAGAAACUGAAACAUGGGAAACUGAAUCAGCGCUUAUCUGUCGAGCUAAUUCUUCAGGUUUCUCACAUCGUCAAAAGAAACCACUGCAAUAAACUGUUGAUUUUUAACAAUCAUCUCAAAAUGAAUAAAAUAAGAUCUGAAUAAACA